UUGAAAGUCGAAAAACAAAAACACACAAUUCUCUUCAAUAAUAAACGUUCAAUAUAUUACGAGUACGCACGCUAGCGAAUCAACAGUUUAUAGUAGAAUUUCAUUGUGAAUAGAUUAAAAAAAUUAAGUACAUGAACAAAAUAAAUAUAUAAAUAAAUAAUAAACGGCGGCGGUUAAUCUAAUACUCUAUAAAAGAUACUCAUAAAAUUAUGGAACUAUAAAAAUUUUAUAAAGUGUCGUCUAUAAAUUAAAAAAUAUAACCCCAGCUACUAAUUAUUGGGAAAAUAAGCCUGAAAGAAAAUGGCUACCUUAACAUGGGCCUGUAUAUUCACAAUAAUUCUACUAACAACACCUACAAUAGACUGUCGACGUAAAAAAAUCUUGGGUUUAUUUCCACAUCCCGGAGUCAGUCAUUUUCAUUUCUUUCAUCCAAUACUAAGGGGACUGGCCGAGCGUGGUCAUGAAGUAACAGUGGUCAGUCAUUUUCCCGACAAAAGUCCACCCAUUGGCUAUCAAGAUGUGCCGUUAACUGGACGUGAAACUUUGACCAAUAGUGUGGACUUGAAGUUUUUCGAAAAUCGUAAUUUUUACAAUCACUUCGUUGAAUUUUUUAUGCUGUACGAAUGGGGUAUUGAGGCCUGUAAUCAUACCUUAAGAUCGGAUGCUUUGCGUCAAGUAAUGCGUCAGGGACAACGUUAUGAUGUCAUCUUAAUGGAACAAUUCAAUAGUGAUUGUAUGAUGGGUGUGGCACAUUUAUUGGGCGCGCCCGUUAUAGCGCUUAGCAGUUGCGCCAUGAUGCCUUGGCACUAUGAACGUAUGGGUAUGCCCAUUAUACCUUCCUAUAUACCGGCCUUAUUUAUGGGUCAAUCAGAGGAAAUGAGUUUAACUGGACGCAUAGGCAACUGGAUCACUUUUCAUGCCAUGAAUUUAAUGUAUAAACUAUUUUCAAUUCCUGCCGCCGAUUCUUUGGUACAAUACAAGUUUGGACGUGAUAUGCCUUCGGUGGGAGAAUUAGUUAAGGAGACAAAUCUCAUGUUUGUCAAUCAGCAUUUCUCUUUGAGUGGCUCUAAGCCUCUACCACCUUCGGUGGUGGAAUUGGGUGGCAUACAUAUACAAAAAGCCAAACCUCUCGAUGUGGAUUUGCAAAAGUUUUUAGAUAAUGCUGAACAUGGCGUAGUGUUUAUUAGUUGGGGUUCCAUGAUCAAGGCUGAGACUAUGCCUCCCGCUAAACGUGAUGCUAUUGUUAAGGCUAUGAAACGCUUGAAACAGCGUGUUAUUUGGAAAUGGGAAAAUGAUUCCCUAGCAAAUAAACCCGAUAAUAUGUAUAUAAAUAAAUGGUUGCCUCAACGAGAUAUACUUUGCCAUCCCAAUGUUAAAGUAUUUAUGACCCACGCUGGACUCAUGGGUAGUUCUGAGGCAGCUUAUUGUGGUGUGCCAGUGGUGUCUACUCCCAUGUAUGGUGAUCAGUUCCUAAAUGCAGCUGCUAUGCAGCAAAGAGGCAUGGGUGUCAUUUUACAUUAUGAAGAUAUUAAUGAGAAUAGUGUACUCAGAGCGGUGAAAAAAGUUUUGGAAAAACAAUAUUUCGAUAAUGCCAAAAUGGUUUCCUAUUCCUUUAAACAUCGCCCUCAGGCAGCUUUAGAUACGGCCAUGUGGUGGGUAGAAUACAUUGCCAAUACGGAAGGUUCACAACUGGUCAAAUCGUCUUCAGUUCAUAUGUCACGUUUCGUUUACUAUUCCCUUGAUGUCUAUCUAAUUAUUGGCUUCGUUCUUAUGACUUCAGUGGUUUCUUGGUAUUGGGUCAUCAAUAAAUUAACUUCGAAACGUAAUAAACAACAAAAGAUCAAAACCAAGUAGAGGAGCAGUGGAGUUAACUGUGUGUGAAGGCAAAAAUAAAUCAAACGAAUUUAAAUUAUUUGUGUGGACUUGUGUAAUUUGUGAUAUUUUUUUUUUUUUUUUUUCAUUGAAAAUACAAAAAAUAAAAUAUUUAUUUUGUAUGAAAAGUGCGAUGAUGAGAUUGAAGUGUAAUUAAGAAAAAAUUUUAUAUAAUUAAAAAUUGAAUUAUACCUACGACUUAAA